UAACUACUCGCUUGUUUAACGGAACUUUCCUGAAUAAGAUAUUUGCAUCCACUUAUUGGUUUAGAUUUCACUACUAAAGUUAGCUAAUAAUGUCGACGGAGGAACACAAGAAGGUCCAGCCCCAACCUGCUCCGGCACCGGCACCGGCACCGGCACAGACACCGGCGAAGGUUGAAACUCCGGACGACGUCGUAGAGCAGAAAGCUGUGAUUCCACAUCCCGAAGAGAAGGCCGAUGAGUCUAAAGCUCUUGUUGUAGCCGACGAGUCUCCAGAUCCUUCGGUAAAGAAAGUCUCAGGGGGGUCUCAUGACAGAGAUAUUGCUCUUGCAAAGGUUGAAAGUGAGAAGAAGCUAUCGUUUGUCAAGGCGUGGGAGGAAAGUGAAAAAACAAAAGUUGAGAACAAGGCCGAAAAGAAGCUGUCUGCUGUAGCUUCAUGGGAAAACAGCAAAAAGGCAAAUGUUGAAGCUCAACUGAAAAAAAAAGAGGAACAAUUGGAGAAGAAAAAGGCUGAUUAUGCAGAGAAAAUGAAAAACAAGAUAGCUUUACUUCACAAGCAAGCAGAAGAAAAGAGAGCGAUGGUUGAAGCCACGCGUGCGGAGGAAAUUCUCAAGGCAGAGGAGAUGGCUGCAAAAUUCCGUGCAACUGGAAACGUUCCAAAGAAGCUUCUUGGGUGCUUCUGAAAUUAAAAUUAUUUGUUCUCAUUUCCUAGCAAAAGGGAAGACUUUCAGUUCUUACCUGUAAAUUUUUCCUGUUUGCGUGUAAUCUGUUUGGAAAAGCAUUGCAUGAUUAUUAUUGCUUUUUGUAUAGGCACAGUAUGUUUUGUUUGUAAGAAACAAAGUUUAAUAUUUAAUGACAUGAGUUGAGAAGUUUAAAUGAA